CCCGAAUUGAAGCUUUUUUUAUUGUUAUUUUUUUUUUUCCUUCACUCCCCUUGUCUUCAUUCCCUCAAUGACUCAAACCAAAAAAGUCGGCAUUCUCGGUGCUACCGGCACCGUCGGUCAGCGAUUUAUUUUGUUGCUUGCUGACCAUCCCAUUUUCGCCAUUCAUGCUCUCGGUGCCUCCUCGCGAUCCGCAGGCAAACCUUACAGUUCGGCCGUCAAGUGGAAGCAGAAUGUUCCUAUUCCCGCCCACGUUGCCGGUAUGACCGUCAAAGCCUGUGUUGCUGAAGAAUUCGCAGAAUGUGACGUUGUCUUUUCCGGUCUUGAUGCGGAUGUUGCUGGCGAUAUCGAAAUGGCUUUCCUCAAAGCAGAUUUGGCUGUUUUCUCCAAUGCUAAAAAUUAUCGCCGGGAUCCCGCUGUACCUUUGAUUGUGCCUACCGUUAACCCUUCACACUUUGAUUUGAUUCCUUAUCAGCGCACGCUUCACAACCUUAAGAAGGGUUUCAUUAUCACCAAUGCCAACUGCUCUACGACCGGUCUUGUUGUGCCUUUGAAGGCUCUGCAAGAUGCAUUUGGUCCUCUUAGUCAAGUUCUUGUUCAUACACAGCAAGCCAUCUCCGGUGCUGGAUACCCCGGUGUGCCGAGUCUCGAUAUUUUGGACAACAUUGUGCCUUACAUUUCGGGUGAGGAAGAGAAGAUGGAAUGGGAAGCUGCCAAGAUUUUGGGUGGUGUGUCGGCGGAUGCCAAGGCGUUCGAGCCCUUGUCCAACACCGUUGUCUCGGCUACUUGUACUCGUGUCCCUGUCUUGGACGGUCAUUUGGAAUCGGUAUCUGUGAAAUUCGCCAACGGCACACCUUCCAUCGAAGAAGUCUACCAAGUACUGGAUCGUUACACUUCCGAAGCACAAGCAUUAAAAUGUCAUUCGGCUCCUGAAAAGCCUAUCCUUGUCACCCGCGAUGCCGACCGACCUCAACCCAGAUUGGAUCGUGAAUUGUUGAAGGGUCAGGCCGUUACUGUCGGCCGAGUAAGAGAAUGCCCCGUCUUGGGUAUCAAAUUCGUCCUUCUUCUUCACAACACCAUCUUGGGCGCAGCCGGUAGCUCCGUCCUCAACGCCGAAAUUGCCGUCGCCAAGGGAUUGAUCUAAGCAAAAUCUUAAAAAAUAAAUAAACAUAGUCUAAUAGAUAAAGAAUAAGGAUUGCAUUGAAAGUAUCUGGUUCAUCUAUUUUUUUUGGGGGGG